AAAAGAGGAGAAGAAAAGGGGACCAAUGUAUCGUCUCAAACUCUGACCUUUUACCCAUUUCAUCCUCAGCCCCGGAUUCAGGAAGGUAUAUAUAGAACCCUGAAAUAAAUGGCACGGCUUUGCUCCUCUGUACCGGGCAGGAAUGGAAAGUGUACACAUAUAAACUUCAAGAAAGGACACCACUAAAAAAACAAAGAACAAGAUGAAGAUGAAGUUGACAGCCAGUCGUUCGCCGCAGGGUUUGUUGGUGUUUGGGAUAAUUACUUGCCUCACCCUGUGCACCAAUGCUCUCCUGCCCUUGCUGGACCAACUCACCCAGUGUUAUGAGCUCGGACAGAGGUUCUCCACUGGAAGAGCAUAUCAGUGGCUCUGUGAGGCUCCACUGCGAGAGCAGAUUGGACGUGCACUCUUCGAUCAACAGAAAGCCAGUUACUUGAACUCGCUGUACACUCGGUACGUGGAGCCGUACCUCGUACAAGGGGCUGUCGGUGGGGAGGCGAUCCAGUGCGUCAGGAAGGAGUACCGGACCCUGAGCGACGAGGAACGAAGACGCUUUCACGACGCCAUCAACGCACUCAAGCGAGACACGACGGUGGCGCCCAACAAAUACGAUGCUCUCGCCCUCGUCCACACUGGACUCGCAACCUUUAUGGCCCACCAUGGUCCAGGCUUCCUUGGAUGGCACAGAGUUUACCUUCUUAUGUUCCAGGCUGCCUUGAAGGAUGUAGACCCCAGUGUUUGCAUUCCCUACUGGAACUCCGCCUUAGACUCGGGUCUCCCGAACCCCGCGAUGUCCCCCGUCUUCACCGCCGACUUCUUUGGCAACGGCGAGGGACCAGUGGUCACCGGCCUUGCAGGCUGGAUCACUCCUUCAGGUCUUCCACUCAGGCGUGCUAUCGGUCACGACGGUCAGCUCAUCACACGUCAGGCCAUCAAGAACGUCAUGUCACGUGACACGAUGGGGGACAUCAUCAUGCCGGUAAUUGACCCCGAGUUUAACCUCGAGCUGCACCACGGUGGUGUGCACGUCUACAUCGGGGGUGACAUGUCCAUCCUCAACACCGCAGCCAACGAUCCUCUCUUCUUCAUGCACCACGCCUUCAUCGACUACCUCUGGGAGCUAUUUCGUGUAAAGGUGCGCAACAGAGGUCAAAACCCCGAGGCUUUUCCUGUGGGUGAAGUGACUCCCUUCCACUUGCCGACCUUCUCGAUGGGUUUUGGCAACCUGACCCACCGCGACGGGUACCUUGACAUCCUGACCUCCACCUACACGUACGCCCCGUCACCCUCGUGCUCGGCCAGCCAGCCAGACUGUGGCAGCAAAUACCUAUCGUGUGACGUGGUCAAUGCCCAAUGCAUACCUGUCUUACCCUCCAACUCCCCGAGCAAUCCUUCCGGCUGUACCCCUGCUAACCCCCCUGGCAACUCCAUCGGUAUGCUCCUUAGCGCCCUCCUGGAUACCCUCCAGCCAACUCCAUGAGCCCCUCACCUGGACAGUGCCCCGCCACCCAGCCUCAAGCUUCUCAGAACAGUUUGUGUGUGGACGGCGCCUGUGACACGAGUGAGUGGAUGUGGAUACCCGUCAAGAUUCCCUCCAGGCGGCUGCCAGUUUGGGUGGACAAACCUUCCCCUCAGGUUUCUGUCCCUCCUACAAUGCUCGUCCCCUGGAUCUGACUCAGGAACAGGAAGAUGCCAGCUGUCUUCACAGUGUUCUAUCGAUGGUCCGUGCAUGAUGGGAGCCAACCCCUACCAGUGCUCGGUAUCGAACGAGGCGCGGCCGUGUGUGGAGAGUUGCAAUUCCUACGUCAUCUGUGUAUAUGGCGAGUACCGGCAGCGCCGCUGUCCUGCAGGCAAGUACUUCGACAGACAGUGCAGGUGUUGCAUAGAAGGGAGGUGUCCAGCAGGAAGUGACGACACAAUCGUUAAUCCCGGCGGGUAUAUGCAAGACAGACCAAACGCUAAUUACGGGCGAUCUGUAGGCGCCUUGCUUCUCACUGGGUGACAGCGCUCUGUCUGCCUGGGAAAAUGGAGAACAUGAAUAUGGUUGAUGACUCACAGGAAGUACUCUUUUGUCUGGUAUUGGGGUUAUUGUUGUGUCUUUGUGUAAUAAAGGGUCACCGUGUCAAAUCUU